CAGUCGAAAGCAGACAAGUAGUGAUGGCCUGAGGCCUUGGCGUGGUUGCAGAUGGCGGCUAUUCUACGUAAUCAGAGUGUGUCAACAGCUCAUUUAUCAUAUUCCGAUGCGAGAUAGAAACGAUAUGAAGUUUAGUGCUAUCUGUCUGCUGUUUGGAAUUUCUUUCUUGCUAAGUGUCGCAGUUUGUCGCUGAGGCUAGUUGUGACGAGUUAGGCCAUACGUUUUUUUAGUCGAAGAUUUCCAGGUUCGCGGAAGUACUAAGAAGUUGUCUAUUCCAUUCGUGUUUCGUUCAAGAUGUAGCGCCGUAAAUGAAGUACCAGCAGUGCGUAAUUGAUCUUGCGAUCGUGCUGGUUGCUGUUCCAUCAUUAGUCGCUGUAGCGCUGCUCUUGGAUUACACGAUGAACCAAAACGAUUGGACGGAUGAGUUCGGGACCCAGCUCAUAGUGUUGGGUCUUGCCGCUGCACUGUUCGUGAUUUGUAUCAUGAUAACACUGUACCUCACGCAUCGAAUUGGAACCUGCAUGUGGGCUGGACCAAUGCACGUAAGCGAAUUGUCGAUAUUCACCGUGCAGCAGGACUUCGAACAAGCCUGCCCACCACCGGAUUAUGAUACCACCCUUCUCAGUCCGCCAUCGUAUGAAAAACUGGAUAAGUAUCACCUUAUCGAUGAGCCUCCUCCAUCGUAUGCGGCAUCGGUGGCGUCCUUGGAAGGGGCACACAUCUGAUAAGGAUACGCGUAGAUCUUUGGUCCAUAUUGUGCUUUUGCGUUGCGACGAAACCGUAUUCAACUUAGUGACGUAAGGCGAGAUCUUGCAAGAUAAUAAAUGAGAAUGUUUACGCUCUGCUUGACAGUAAUUAGCUCAGUUUAUUGACAGAAGAUAGCAAGUGCCUGACAAGUUUACGAACAAGUGCGAGGGUAAUGAAAGCUCCUACAAGUAGGUCUAUACCAUAGGCUUGAACCGGUGUCAUCCCGUUUGUGGGUGACUGCAGAUGUAACGAGCCCUUACAUUGAAUAACUUUUUCGAUCGAAUAGAUUGCACGGUCCAGUGGCAUCUCGGGCUGGUUUUUGAACCAUUUCGAGCGCUGCAGCAUGUUUUCAUGAUAUCUGAAUUUUUUCAAUACAAUUAUCGUCAUUACCAAAAACUCACAAAAAUUUGGAACUCACCUAUCAUUUUGCAGAAUCGCUUGUAUAACCUCUGUCAAACUGUUCCGAUUCAGAUGUGGUAGUGGAAGCCUCAGUGCAACACCCGCACGAACCAGCUUGUCAACGUUUUGAUACUGAUCGGCGAAGAAUGGAAUGCCAACAACCGGAGCGCCAUACCAAACAGCUUCCUGUAAGCUUAGCAACCCGCCGUGACUGAUCAACAGCCUAACCUUGCCACUUGACAAAAUUUUACCCUGUGGAAUCCAACUUCGUACGAAUACAUUCGCUGGCAGUGACCCUAGCGAAACGGGAUCACCGUGCUUCCAUAUAAAAUUAUACUCUGGCAGGCUGACGAAUGCAUCCAAAAUUGCCCUGUUAAUGUCCAGUCCUAGUCCUUCACUCUUCACGUUGGUACCCAAGCUGAAAAGUAUCACCGCUUUGCUAGGGCGAUCAAGAAACUCCUCCAAAUCGGGCGAGAGCUGCUCUUGUCGAGAAAUAUGCAAUCCACCCACGGGAAUGACAUUCGGAGGUAACGACUGAUGGUAGUCCAUGCUAAAAUCCAUAUUCACAAGCACGAUUUCGGAUUUUUUCUCUAACUGGGUAGUGCUCGAGGAGUUCAUUCCGAACAGCUCGCGGACUCUGCCAUCUUCAUUAGACAUGAAAAUCCACUGCCGGUAGAAGUAAUCCAGUGUCCAAUAGAAUAGGUUCCAGCAUCGUUCCAGAAAGGUCAUGUUUGGCCCAAAAUUACUAGCGUAAUUCGGCAUGGUGGUUACCCGUGUUGGGAUGUCCGCCAACCACGCUGUGUACGAGGGAGCGUUGAAGGCUGAAAUUGACACCAGCGGUGGAUUACCAAAUCUUUCUACGAAUCCGAGCAAAAACUGCCCCAUCGUGAAGUCAUGAAUGAUAAGUUCGAACUUGAAUGACCUAGGAUAAUCUAGCAGUUGCGUGAUGGCUUUUUCCGUAAUCAGAAUUCCACUUGCCUUUUCGUAGAAAUCGUACAUAUUAAUAAUGUUUUGAAUGGGUGUCAUCUCGCUGUCUGCAUCACUACCGCCGUUGUUUUGGUAGAGGGCCAUUAUUUUGUCGUAAAAAUUUGCAACAUAAAAAAACGUUUUACCGGGAAUUGAGUGUUCCUCUUCGUAGGACAAAAUGGUUAGGUUGUACCCAUUUUCGUACAACCGAUCGAAUAUUUGCUUGUUCCAUAUAUGAUGACUUUUGGACGGUGUGGUUUGCAAGAACAAAAUAUUUUGACAAAUAACCGGGACCGAAAAAAGCAACACUACUGCCGCGAUUGAAUAUUUACCGAACGAACACAUUGUGGCCGUAAUCGGGUUGAGAACGACUAUGCUAUCAGGUCAGUGCCAAGCAAGAGAUAAAAUUUUUUGUUUGUUUGUCUGUAGUAAUAACACAGCCGAAUAGAGAGCAGCUCGGAAGGAGUGCUGUGACUGAACUUAUAUUUACAUUUAUUUGGGGUUUAAUUGAACAGACUUUUAUUUUUUUUUAUCAAGGAGACGACUACUUAGUCCACUUAUCUACAUUGGAUGUUUAUCUGCGUGAUAAUCAAAAAAAGUAUUAAUUUUAAGGGUGCAAGAUUCAUGCACCAGAUGAAAUUCAUUGUGCAAUAUUGUCCUAUUAUUCCUUUUUCAAUAAAAAACAUAAUUAUUUUUUAUAAUGCCUAAUCUGUUCAUUACAGGCUGAAAACCACCUUAAUUGAGAAUUAAAACAAUUAUUAAUAACAAAGUUACAUUUAAAAAAUGUUAGCUUGACAGAUGCUACUAUUAGAGGCCCAGGAAUCCUCUACAUAAUCCACAAGCAUCAUGAGAAGGAGACGAGAUACUUGUGAGUUAGAAGGUAUUGAUCCUAAACUGUCACGGUCGAUGAUACGAUCUUCAUCAUGCGAGUUUACGUAGAACAGUCUUUUUGGGCAGGCCUACAAACCCUCCCAGCUGGUCCCGAGGUACAAUGUUGGCCUAACAAAUCAGUCGUCGCACAUAGGAGUAUUUCAGUCAAAAACCUGUCUAAAAUACGAAAACCAAAAAUAUCAGUGCACCUCGUGCUAUUGAUCGUUUUUGCAUUCUCUGAUACCUACUACGUUGAAUGCUGGCUAUCUUGAAUUUAUCUGAAUUGUUUGCAAACGACUGUAGCUGUCAUAACCUUGGUGUUACUUAGAACACAUGAAUAAGUCAAAAAUUGCUCUACGAAGAAUAAAAACUUUCACUGAUGUUAUUAUAACAUUAAAGGGAUUCUCGAUAUAAAUUUAAUAUGGACGGUGACAAUAAAGGUAUGUUAUAUAAAUUUAUACCGGUAAAGUGUUGUAUAGGUUGAAAAAAUUGUAUCAAAACAAGGCCUUGUCAUAAAGGUGUUUUUCAGUUUCUGUUGCUUAACAAAAUUUUUACAAAGAGAGAUUUUUGUUUGGGUUCCCAGCAAGUCGCAGCAAAAAUUCACCCACCAUUGGAAAAGUUAUGUGUUUCUGGAUAAGUACCAGGAAGAAAAUCUGCCCCAUCCUCACCCAUUCGUAAAUGCGAUCAAUAUGAAGUUGAAACAUUCAGAUUUGCUGAAUUUUUUUCAUUGAAUGAGUUCAUUUAUCAUGCCUUUGUCAUACAUCGAUUUGAUUAGUUUUUUUUAUAUUGUGUAAUAACUUGCCGAGUUUGCUUCAGAAGUUUGCUAUUCGGGUUGAUUACGCACUCCAACAUUCGAUUGAUAAAAGGUUUCUGUUUCUGGAAGAAAACUUGAAGAAACUCUCAAAUAUGACCACAAGAGAUACAAACAAUGAUCGCCGUGAUCCAAAUCUAUAUAUUAUUUUGUAUUCCUCAAAUGUCCUCCAAAAAACAUUCGAUCUUUAAUAUGUUAAUUGAGUCGCUUCAAAAGUUAGUUUAAACAAAAAUUGACAGCUUCGCAAAGCGAAAAAAAUCGUUGAGCCCAACCAUAAAAUUGUAAAGUUGGUCAGGAGCUUCGCAUUCAUGUCGUCCAAGCAAAGCAUUGAAUGCAGUGAUCGAUUACGUCUCUUGGGCAAAACGCUAAUGCUAAGAGAAAAUGUACCAACGGAUGAGUUGUGUUACGCAGCUCCCAAUGGGAACUUUCCAUAACUCAAGGAUUUGCUGGGAGCACUGCGGUUUCCAACAUUAUGAAGAGCAUAUCAGACGGUCCUUCCAUAGCGAAUGAUUUAAAAGACGCUUAAAGAGCAGCAUCUAUUACUGGCAAAAAAAGUAUACAGCAGAACAAGCUCUUACUAUAUUUGUCGA